AAAAAAACCAUUCAAAAUUCUACCCAAUAUUUUACCCUUGCCUCCCAAAAUGGCAGAUUUAAUGCGCCUGGGCAACGUGGAUGUUGUCAUACAAAAGGACAAACUUGGCUCACCGAUUGGCGGUUCGGAUGAUGGUAAUUUAGCCGCCUUUGGUGCUGGCAUUAAUAAUUUUGCGGGUAGUGGCGGUGGUGGAGGAGGCGUUGUAGGCGGCGGUGUCGGUUUCGAUAUGGGUGAUUUACAACAGGAAUUGGAUCAGGAUGAAUUCGAUGGCAUGAAUUUGAUAAAUGGCGAACGACCUGCCAUUAUAGCGCCACCCGAAAGUGAAUGGUAUCAUGGACGCUUGGAUCGCUAUUCGGCUGAAUCACGUUUACGUGGAAGCAGCAAGCUGGGCAGCUAUUUGGUUCGUGAAAGUGAUCGCAAACCUGGCUCCUAUGUGCUCAGCUAUUUGGGUCGCACUGGCAUUAAUCAUUUUCGUAUCACAGCCGUUUGUGGUGACUUCUACAUUGGCGGUCGUCAAUUCAUCUCCCUGAGUGAUUUAGUCGGUUACUAUACCUCAUGCAGUGAUUUAUUGAAACGUGAACGACUCGUGAUACCGGUACCACCACCCGAACCAGUUAACGAUAAGAAACGAGUCGUGGCGAUACUGCCCUACACGAAAAUGCCCGACACGGAUGAAUUGAGUUUCCAAAAGGGCGAUAUUUUCUUUGUGCACAAUGAUAUGGGUGAUGGUUGGUUGUGGGUUACGGCUCAUCGGACCGGCGAACAGGGUAUGAUCUUUCGUGAACUGGUGGAGGAUUUAGAUCCGGCCAUAGAUCCAAAUACAGUAUUUCCAUGGUUUCAUCCGAAUUGUACGAAAAACGAAGCGGUUGAUAUGUUAGUUAAGGCUGGUCCUGGUAGUUUCCUAGUCCGUCCCAGUGACAAUUCACCGGGUGACUAUUCUCUGUUCUUCCAUAUCAACAAUCAGAUCCAGCGGUUCCGCAUAGAAAAGAAGGGUGUCCGCUAUUUGAUGGGUGGCCGGACCUUCGAAUGCCUGGAUGCCGUGAUCAAUCGCUAUCGCAAGGAACAAAUUGUGGAGGGUCACUGCCUCAGCCAUCCGGUGGUGAAUGGCACCCAACCGGAAUAUAGCCAACAGUAUGUUGUGGAGAAGGCUGCCGAGAAGAUCUAUGCCACCCUGAGGGAGUGCCGCGAUCAAAUCGGCCUCAAGAAGAUCAAGGGCAUCAAACAUCACGGCCACUUGAACAAGAAGUCGGACAAGACGGCCAAGUGGAAACAGCUCUACUUUGCCCUGAUCAGCGAAUGCAGCGAAACCCAUCUGUGCUUCUAUGACAAUCCGAAAAAGACUAAACCCAAGGGACUUAUCGAUUUGUCCUGCGCCUAUCUCUAUCAGUGCCACGAUUCUCUGUGGGAGCGUCCCUAUUGCUUUCAAAUUGUCGAGAGGGCCUUGCCCUGUCUGGCCACCGUGACAUAUUUGUGUGCCCCUAGUCAAGAAAGCUACACCGAGUGGAUAAAUGCCCUGAAGGCCCAGUGUGCCUCACAGCUGAGCAAGGCCCAGAAGAAGGUGCCACGUCUAAGGGAGCUGCGCUGCCUCAAUCUGCACAUACUCGAAGCUCAUAGACUGCCAUUUAAGCUAGUGCCACAUCCCUAUUGUAGUAUUUCCCUGAAUCAGGUCAAGGUGGGCAAGACCAAGGUGAAGAUUGCCCCGGAUCCAGUUUGGGAGGAGGAGUUUGUUUUGGAUGACGUACCCCCAGAUGUAGUCUCGCUCACCAUAACCCUGGUCUCACGCGGCAAACGUGGCAAGGACAGUGAAGUGGCCGAACUCACCAUCGAUCUGGCCAGCCUCAAAAACGGCCAGGAGACCGAAGAAUGGUAUCAGCUAACCGGCAUGACACCCAUGGGUGAAUGGGGCUCUCUGCGCCUCCGCAUGCGUUAUCUCGAUGAUCUCAUUAUGCCAUGUGAAGAAUACAGCCCUCUACAGCAGCUUCUGCUCGAACCCGAACUCUAUUCCGUCAAAGCCUUGGCCGAACUCUGUCACAAUGAUCGUGUCCCCCUGGCCACUGCCCUUCUGCGUGUAUUCCGCCAUGAAAAACGUGAAACCGAACUGAUACGAGUCCUCUGCCAAGCCGAAAUUGCCCGUGAAAAUGAGACGACCACCCUAUUUAGAGGUGCCAGUUUGGCCACCACUCUCAUGGAUUUGUAUAUGCGCACCGAGUGCACCGGAUUCUUGCAGGCUGCCGUCUCCGAGACGAUUCAACGCAUUUUGGACAGCAAACAAUCGGCCGAAUUGAAUCCCACCAAAAUGGACGUGAACGAUGAUGCCUGCUCCAAUGCUGAGUUCCUUUUGCAAAUUCUCGAUUUGGUCACCCAUUCGAUAUUCACCUCGCCCGAGGCCUGCCCUCGUUCGGUGCGUUACAUUUGUAAUUGUCUACAAAAGGCCGUUGUGGCCAAAUGGCCAACGGAACGUUUGGUGCGAACACGUGUCGUAUCGGGAUUUAUAUUCCUGCGUCUGCUCUGCCCAUCCUUGCUGAAUCCACGUCAAUUUGGUUUGGUUAGUGAGACCCCGCCGACAGCGGCCACACGUUCCCUGGUCAUGGUGGCGAAGUGUUUGCAGAAUUUGGCGAAUUUAAUUGAAUUUGGAGGGAAGGAACAAUACAUGGAGGUUGUCAAUCCGUUUAUACUCAAAAACAAAGAACGCAUGAUUGUCUUUCUCGAUCAAUUAUCUAUGGUGACAGAUCCUAAUCCACCGCCCGGCUGGAAUUCCGAACAAAGCUCUAAUCAAUCUCCACAGGAUACGGGUCGUGAACUGGCUACCCUACAUCACAUAUGUGUUUCAUAUUUACCGGAAUUGCAAGAAUUAUCGAAUAUACUCUCAAUUAAGAAAUUAGUUACUGUUACCGAUAUGCUAACGAAACAUAAAAUCAAAUAUCGUGAAAUGAUUAGUUAAGAA